AGUUACAUCCGCACUGCCUGACACUCUGCGUUUGGAUGCGCUCGUUGUAUGCACCGAGCUAACUGUCUGCGUGGGCGGGUAAGGAGAACGGCGCGGAACUUCCUAGAAUACGGAUUAUCGGAAAAUAAAAACAAACGCUUCUUAGCCACCGUGGAGUUGUAUUGACGUGCCUACGCUGGUCACGUGACCCGGAGAAGUAGUGUUGAUGUUGGAGCUAUGGCCGAGCGGGAGGUGGCAGCGAGCAGAGGGGUCAUUCACAAAGUGCUAGCUGCUGCUGGAGUUCACAGUCUUGUCAGUAAUGCUUGGGAAUACGUGGAUUCAACUAUAAGGUGGUGCUGGCUCCCUAACUGGCUGCCGUCAUGGUGCCCCACUUCGCUAAACCAACUAAAGACAGCAGAGGAACAGAUGCUGCGAUGUGUCUCGAGCUCUUUCUCCAAACAGUAUGUCACUAUUUCCCAUAACAACCUGCUAUGGACACUCACCUUCCCUUGCGACACAUUCUCACACAAGACCCCCAUGAUUCUCCUUCAUGGUUUUGGAGGCGGAGUUGGACUUUGGGCUCAGAAUGUGGACGUGCUCUCGCGGCACAGACCAGUCUUGGCUUUAGACCUGUUGGGAUUUGGACUCAGCAGCAGACCGCAGUUCUCCUCAGAUCCACAGGAGGCAGAGGAGCAGUUUGUGAACUCCAUUGAACAGUGGAGGAGGAAGAAAGGGCUGGAGACUAUGAUCCUGGUGGGGCAUAACCUAGGAGGGUAUCUGGCUGUUUCGUACGGCAUUAAAUAUCCAGACAGAGUAAAGCACAUCAUCCUGGUGGAGCCGUGGGGUUUCCCAGAGAGUUUUGACCAAAGCGACCCGGACCGCCCCAUCCCAGUGUGGAUCAAAGCUGUGGGCGCCAUGUUCAGCCCCUUCAACCCUCUGGCUGGCCUCAGACUGGUGGGACCACUAGGUCCCACACUGGUGCAGACCCUCAGACCAGACUUUAAGAAGAAGUUUUCCUGCAUGUUUGAUGACAACACAGUGUCAGACUACAUAUACCACUUAAACGUUCAAACGCCAAGUGGGGAAACAGCGUUCAAAAACAUGACUCUCCCUAAUGGCUGGGCUAAGAGGCCAAUGCUGCACAGAAUAGACAGACUACAUCCUGGCAUCCCCAUCUCCAUCAUCUAUGGCUCCAGGUCCAGUAUAGACAGCAACUCCGGGAGUGCUAUCAAAAACAUCAGGCCCAGCUCAAGAGUGGACAUCAUCACCAUUCGUGGGGCUGGGCAUUACGUUUUUGCAGACCAGGCUGAAGAUUUUAAUCAGAUAGUUUUAGAAUUGUGUAAAAACGUGGACUGAAUCACAAACUGUUACUGACAUGUGGGAAAUAAGGGUAAUGCCAACAACUUACUGCCUAUGGGACGAUGCAGGAACUUACUGAAUUAUUUGGUAAGACUGAGUAUUUUAACGAGACUGUUUAUUUUAUUUUAAGUCUGUCAAUUACUCCCAUUCCUAUAGGAUAUGCCAAACAACACUGGCACACUAUGCUUAGUGCCUAAUGAACUAAUUUAUUGAUGUAUUUAUGCUCAUUAACAGUAAAUUGCCUCUUGCUAAUUAAGAAGAACAGGAAUAAUAUGCUAUACACACAACCAACAAGCCUCAGUCUAAUUUAUAUCCCUGUCUAUAUGCACUAAAUGUAUUGUAUAUUGUGCAACCAGCUAUAUGCCCAUUAUAAUGGUGGUAUAUUAAUAAUACUUAUACGUAUUCGAUGUAUAGUUUUUUUUUGCAAAAGUAUUGAAAAUCAAUUAGUUUUAAAACUAGAUGCUCAUUUGAGCAGGUAUUGAUACUAAUAAAGUCACAUUCACAGGACAGAAAUGAACCUUUCCUGAAUAGAUUUUAAAGGAUCUUGAGCUGUAUCAGAACAAGUAUAAGACUACAUAGACUAGCGCACGCCCAUGGACCACUAUGGAAUCUACCUGGACAAAUGAGGGAUUACACAGACAUAAGACCACACAGUAACAGAAAAGAACAUACUAUGAUUUUAUGUUGAAAAUCACAUUCUUUUGUCUAAAUAAAGAGUGUUUGUUUUUUUUAUCAUAUUGGAAUUGGUAUUGAGUAUCAAGUCUAUUCCUUUGUAUGGAAAUCAAGUUUGAAAUUUUAGUAUCAUGGCAACACUAGACUGGGAACACAAAGCUAUAGUUUUGGAGGUACCAAAAUACUUCUGCUACUUUUGUUAUUAUUUACCACAUACACUUAGAGGGCAAAUGCUCACUUGUUGUUUAAAAUAUCCCAACCACCAACAGUUGCCCCAAUAAAGCUAUAUUCACUUUA